AUGAUGAUGAGACCUUCAAGAGAUAAAUAUUGGUUCCUCUCAAAAAACAAACCAAUUAUUUUUAUAUUAAUAAUAUCAUCAAUAAUAUUUUUUAAAUUACAGUAUGACGUUAUGCAACUAAGCGAAGAGUUACAAAAAGAAAAAAAUAUAAUAAAACUAAAGAAUGCAGAAAUACAAGAUUUUAAUCAAUAUAUUCACCUAUUAGAAAAGAGGUUUAUAUCACUAGGUGGCGAUGAAACACAGUGGGGUUGCUCAAAUUCACACAAGUAUAAUAUGGGGCACUACAAUAUAGAGGAUGAAGACGAUGAUCCAAGUAUAAUUAAUGACCCAGCAAAAUACAAACUAUUAUCAUUAGAAACAAUGAUGAAAAUUCAAGAUGCAAAAUAUGCACCAAAUUUCGAACAACCAUCAAAAUGUAUAAAAGAAGAAAUGAAAGCAUACCCAAUGAAAUUAAUGUGUUCAAAAUAUCAAUACAACUAUAAAGAUAAAAUGAAUUUUAUCGGUGUACACCAAAACUAUAAUAUAGAAGAGAGCCAAACCUCGGAAAACAACAUAGAUAACAAUUUAUUAUUAUUAAAAGAGAAAUCCAAUGGCAUAUCAAAUUUUAAAAUUUCAAAAAAAACAGAGCCACUUUUUACAGAAGUCUUAUUAAAUGAUCAAAAUGUUUAUGUUGCACCAAGCUUUGGUAGUAGUUGGGGUGAUUUUAAUAAUGAUGGUUUUAUGGAUUUAUAUAUAAGCAAUCACUAUUGGUAUCCAACUUUAUUAUUAAAUCAAAAUGGAACUUCUUUUAAAGAUGUUUCUAAACAAUAUAUUAAAGGCUAUGGCCAAGGUAAAUUUAUAGAUAAACAUUCAUCAGCAUGGGCAGAUUUUAACAAAGAUGGUAAUUUGGAUUUAUUGGAGGUUACUGGUGCAUUAUAUGGUACAUCAUCAAUUCCAAACAACUUAUUUGUUAACGAUGGAAAAGGAGGAUUUUUUUCAGAGGAAUCAGCUAAACGUGGUAUCGAUUAUCCAUUUGCUAGAGGUAGAACCAUUACAUGGUUGGAUUAUGAUAACGAUGGUAGAUUGGAUGCAUUUAUUUCAUCACAAAAGAGAUCAGACCAAAAAGGAAAAUCUGCAAUGUUCCGUUCUCAGGUGGAUCAAGAUGGUUUAGAUGUAUUUUUAGAUGUUACAAAAAUGAUCGACAUUGAUAAUGAUAUCAAGAUUUUAUUUGCAAGACAAACCGAUUUAGAUAAUGAUGGUCAAUUAGAAUUAUUGCUAAUUAGUUUUACAUUCCCUUUCAAAAUUUAUCAUACAUCAUCAGAUGACCCAUAUAAACCAUUCAAAGAUGUUACACCAUUUUAUUUCCCAGUUGAUGAGAAUAUUGUUAGAGCUCAUAAAGCUGCCACUGUAAAUUCAUCAGUUGAUUGGGUGCCACCUCCACCUGAAACCGGGUUCUUUGCAGUAGUUACCGAUAUUGCAUUUGGCGAUAUGGAUAGAAAUGGUUGGCAAGAUAUUGUUUUAGCACGUCAAUAUAUGGGUAAAUGUAUCGUUACAAUCUAUUACAACUAUGGUAUUUAUAAUAGCACAGCAGAAAAGAAAUCACAAAGUGGCGAGAGAAAAUCAUCCAACCUAAAAUGGGAAUAUAAAGAUGUAUAUGCAAAUGAUGUAUCUCAAUGCGGAUCAUUGGUAGUUGGCGAUUUUGACAAUGAUCUAAAUUUAGAUAUCUAUUUAGUAACUUAUAUGCCAUUCGCAAACUCACCAAAUGUUUACAUUAGCAAUAGAGGUGGUGGCUAUUUUGCUGCCAAAAAUGAUGCAAUGGGUGCAGCAGGCACAUCAUUUGGUAAAGGUGAAUCUGUUACAGUUGUCGACUAUAACAAUGAUGGUCAUUUAGAUUUAUUAGUAACCAAUGGUAAAGGCGCUCCACCUUAUGAUAUUGGUCCUGUACAAUUAUUUAAAAAUGUAGCAAACUCGAAUAAAAACUGGAUCCAAAUAGAUCUCCAAGGUAUCGAUGAAAAUGCUCAUGGAUUUGGCGGUAGAAUUUAUAUUACAAGUUGUAAGAAAAUCCAAUUCCGUGAUGUAGAGUCUGGUGUACAUUUCUCUGCCCAAAACUCUUUCCGUGUUCAUUUCGGUUUAGGCCAAUGCCCCACAAUCAGUGAAAUUAAAGUAUUUUGGCCACGUUCAAAACAAUAUCAAAUUUUAAAAAAUAUACAACCAAACCAAAUAUUAAAAAUUGUCGAAGAUGUUUUUUUAAUUUUUGUGGAUGGGGAAUAA